AUGUCAAGACGCGAUGUUGGGCGGCGCAGAGCGUGUUUGGAGUGCGCUAGGGCUCGCGAGAAAUGCUCGAGAAACCUCCCGUGCCUGCGCUGCUCGACCAAGGCAUUGGACUGCGCUUAUCCCCAGACCAGAAACAAAACAGUCGAAGCAUCUCCUACAUCACAGACUGGUGCCGUCGCGCAAACUCCGAACCAUACUCUCAUCAGCCCAGUCGAGACAGUAGAUCACGCGUCCCAGCCUCAGCAGGUACAAUCAGAUCUACAACUCCCGCUACCUUCACAUCAAACACCGCAUUCACAGGACAGCUCUUUCAUCGACAGCGCUGGUAAUGAGCAGCAACCGGGCUUUGAAUAUGAUCUGUCCACCUACGAUAUCGACUGGGACUUCCCCAUCAAUUGGUUACCGUACGACAAUGAGAUUGAGACAAACUACUACUCGAUCCUAGGCCUUGACAUGAAUCAGCCGCUUGAUGCCGGUAAUGCAAACAUGAUAGAUCCGCCAGUACCCAACUUUCCCAUGAUCGAUGCUCCGCCGCGCCGUUUAUCAGCCGUAACAUCGCUUUCGCCGGGGAGCGGCUUGGGUGUUUCGCCACAGUUGAGCAUGAGCUCUGGACGCACCGUACCUGGAGAUCUAUACGCCACGAGCUCAAACGGCGCCCGACGUCCUUGUACUGCCAAGUCAAAACAGCUAUUCCCUCCGCCAGGCCUUCAAGGAUAUACACAGCAACCUACCAUUUCUCAAGACUCAAGCCUCACAGCUAAGACGCUUGCGUUCCCGGAUCUGAGCCAUAUUAUCCUGGAGGAUGAAGCGUACCGAGAGUCGUUCAUGACAGAGUUGACGUACAACAAGAUCUGCGACGCUUUUAGGCAAACGUGCCUUGAAUCAUCCAUGUUUCAUCCGCACUACACCUCCGCCGACUUUCCAUCGUUGAAGCUACUUGAAUACUUCGUCAAGCUCUUUUUUGAACACUUCGACCCGAUUGUUCCCCUUGUUCAACCUCAUACAACAGACCUGAAUGGGAAUUGGGUUCUUGCUCUGGCGAUCUGUGCCAUCGGAAGUCAGUACACAGCUACAGCGGAUAUCCAUGCCUGCGUCGUACCAUUCCACGAAUUUCUGAGAAGGACUUUGGUUACUCAACUGGAAGGAUCGGAUCUCAGUCUGCCGUUGGCUCAGGCUCUUGUGCUGAGUCAAGUUGGUCUGCUGUACUCUGGUGGCAGUGAACUCCAGAAGACUGCUUACGAGAGGAUGGGGAGUCUGCAGAGGGUCAUCACGAGAUAUCGUUGCCAACCUGGAUCGAGAGGAGAUUUAUUGGGUAGUGGUGAGGGAGAGGAAGAUAUGUGGCGAGGAUGGGUUGAAGAUGAGACUUGGCGUCGACUGUGCUACUUCAUUUGGGUGAGUUUAUUCUGUUUUGCUUUUACCAGUGUCGAAACUGAUACACAGAAGCUAUUGGAUCGUAUGGGACGGUACUUCUUUGAUGACCACCAGACAGGUACAUUCAACGUCGCGGACUUGACGUUGCCGCACGAUGGUCUUUGGUCACAAGCGACCUCAUCAGAUUGGAUACAACUUUAUCGCCGCGCCGAAGUAAACCCAACCCUCGAAGUCGCCAUCAGCUCACUCUUCCGCGAACGAACAGCCAAACCCGACCUCGGCGAAUUCUCCCGCAUCCUGCUCCUUCACGCAGUGUACCAAGAAUACACCACCGUCAGCACAUACUGCAAACGCCCUCUUUCAUCAUGGAUCCCCCAAAACAACCCUGAGCCUCGCAGCGGCGAAACUCAACACCUUCAGCUCUCAGACUCGAACUGGCGAAACGCUGCUCUCGAUUGCGUUGAUACGCUCCAUUGGGCUGCUAAUGCUACUAUAGCGUCGUUACUUGGCGCUGAGCACCCUACGGUUCUGCAUCUGCACUUUUCGCGUGUUGUAUUGCUCGUCCCGAAGAGGGCGAUAAUCACGCUGGCGAAGUAUCUGAAGGCGCCGGAGGAUUUGAGGAAGGAGGCUGCGAGUCAGAAGGAGGCGCUGCAGGCGGAACGAGAGAUAUCCGAAUGGGCCCAGCAAGAUGGCUCCAAAGCUCGUCUCGCAGCGCUCCACUGCGGCUGUUUCCUCUGGCACGUCCGGCGCUACGCAAAAAUGACAUUCUACGAACCGCCCUGCGUAUUCUGGGCGACCCUGACGCUCUGGGCAUACAGUACCUUCUGCAGUAAAUCACGAAGACCCGAACCACGAAGCGCAUCGCCUGAUCGCUCAGACGACGAGAACCCGACGUUUAUAAGACUGGAUCGACCUAACGAUGAUGAGAUGGUGCAGCU